UUAUCGAAAAUGGCGGACUUCAAAAUGUUUGACCUAGCUAGAAUGAAAACAGAUCUGAUUCGUAUCUACAGAGAAUGUACACAGCGCAGAUUAUUGCAAGGAGCAAAAUGGGCAAGUGAGAUGUUUUCGUGCCUUGAUGUUGAAAUUGAUGUUCCAGCACUGCUGCAGGUAUCAGAAAGUCAGGAUUUUUGGUGUGAGUUUGAUAAAUACUGUCUUGCCACAUCCUACUUUGACCUGAAAGAGUACAGCCGGGCUGCCAACGUGGUGGAGAGCUGUUCCAGCCGGAAAGCUUAUUUCAUUCAUGUCUAUGCAAGAUACCUCGCAGAUGAAAAGUGCAAGCUUGACAAUGCUUCUGAUUCACUUGGGUCUACUGAUCUUUUAGAUAAUGAAACCUUGAAGAUAUUGCGAAACGAACUCAGCAAAAAGAAAGCCAACAAAGAACUUGAUGGAUUUGGUCUUUAUUUAUACGGAGUGAUUCUCAGAAAACUGGACUUGGUCAAGGACGCCAUGGGUGUGUUUGUGGAGGCAGUGAACAAGGAACCUCUUCACCGAGGGGCAUGGCAGGAGCUGGCUCUACUGAUUACUGACAGGGAGACGUUGCAGUCACUGCAGCUCCCCGACCACUGGUCGAAACAGCUGUUCCUGGCGUACGUCUACCUGGAGCUCCAGCUUAACGAGGAGGCCCUCAAGAUUUACCAGCAGUUCCUGGAGAACGGCUUCGCCAAGUGCAACUACAUCGUGUCCCAGAUCGCAGUGUGCUACCACAACAAGAAAGAAAUGGACCAGGCAGUUACAGCUUUCUCUGAACUACAGAAGAUGGAUCCUUACCGGGUGGAAAACAUGGACAUAUUUUCCAAUCUCCUGUAUGUUAAGGAAAUGCGAGCAGAUCUUGCGCGGUUGGCUCACCAGUGUUGUGAUAUAGACAAGUACAGGGUAGAGACGUGCUGUGUUAUAGGUAACUACUACUCAUUGCGGUCACAACACGAGAAGGCAGUUUUGUACUUCCAGCGUGCCCUGAAGCUGAAUCCACACUAUCUGUCGGCACGGACUCUGAUUGGCCACGAGUUCAUGGAGAUGAAGAACAUAUCUGCAGCGAUACAGGCUUACAGACUGGCUAUUGAGGUGAACAAACGUGAUUAUAGAGCGUGGUAUGGACUGGGACAAACGUACGAGAUAUUAAAAAUGCCAUCCUACUCUCUCUACUACUUCAGACAGGCGCAACAGCUGAGGCCAAAUGACUCCAGGAUGCUUGUGGCUCUUGGAGAUUGCUAUGCAAAUCUCGAAAGACUGCAAGAGGCAAAGAAAUGUUUCUGGAAGGCACAUUCCAUUGGUGAUGUGGAAGGGAUGGCCUUAAUAAAACUAGCCACCUUGUAUGAAAAGCUUCAAGAGGAUGAGCAAGCAGCUUUUGCGUACACAGAUUAUAUAACUGAGAUGGAACGACAGGGAGGUGAGAAUGUCAAGGAACAGAGUCGAGCGUACAAGUAUUUAGCUCACUUCUACCUCAAGAGAAGAAUGCUUGACGAUGCGUAUACAGCUGCUCAGAAGUGUUACGAAUUUACAGAGACCAGGGAAGAGGCGAAAGCAUUGCUCAAACAGAUUCAGAACCUGCGGUCCCAGCUGGACGAACCUAAACUGGACGAUAGUUACGACUCUCUAAUGAUGGAGAGACUUCGUGGACCAGAACACACACCACUGGGAAGAAUCUCCCCCAUGAACCUGAGAUUCACCCCGGAUUAGCUACAACUGUGUAGUUAGAGAGGCUGUCCUGAGUUUACUGACAUUCUUAACAUGUUUCUGACUAACGUAGCCUUUUUAAUAACAAACAUUACAUAUUAGAUACAGUUUCUUAUUCAGAAUAUCAAGUGUCUAACUUUUUAGUAGCUCUAACUUAAUUUUGUAAAAAAAAAUAAUCCUAAAAUGUUUUUUUCUUCUUCCAUAUCAAUUUUUUUGGAGAUAACAUCAAUUUUUGGCUACUACAAACAUUAGGCCAAUCAGAAACAUCUUGUAUAUGUUACAGUCAAUGUCUAGAAUGAGGCAGUUUGUAAAAUGUCUGAAAAUUUCAGGCAUUUUAUUAAUUGCCUGAUUCACUCAGUCAAUUUACAAAGUGCCUGAAAUUUUCAGGCAUUUUACAAACUGCCUGGAAAAUGAGCCCCUUUAUUCAACAGAUUGACUGAAAUGAGUAAGAGUAAAGAAAAUGCAGAUAAUGUAUAUUUUUAAUGAUUUAUUUUGACAGAAUGAAAGGCAAUAAAGACAAAAUAUCUUGUUACUAUGGUUAAAAGAUAAAGACACAGAUAUUGUAAAUAUCUGAUGUGUAAAAAAAAUUGUCAUCAAGAGAGAUCUAAUAGUCAAAAACAUGUUGCAAUGGCACUAAAGUCAUGACAGUCUCUUUAAACUCAACAUUGGAUUACUGUCCAUUCCAUACCAGUGAUCUACAACUGGUAUAGCAAACACUGUGGUAUGUGCACAACUGGUAUAGCAAACACUGUGGUAUGUGCACAACUGGUAUAGCAAACACUGUGGUAUGUGCACAACUGGUAUAGCAAACACUGGUAUAUGCACAACUGGUAUAGCAAAUGCUGUGGUAUGUGCACAACUGGUAUAGCAAAUGCUGUGGUAUGUGUACAACUGGUAUAGCAAACACUGGUAUGUGCACAACUGGUAUAGCAAAUGCUGUGGUAUGUGCACAACUGGUAUAGCAAAUGUUGUGGUAUGUGCACAACUGGUAUAGCAAACGCUGUGUUAUGUGCUGCCUGUAAGGUGCCCACCACCCCACCCCCCUCCUAAAUUUUGUGACAGUUAUAAUUUUAUUAUAUAUUAAUUUUUAUUUUUUUACGAUCCCUCGGACCUCCCCCAAAGAUCCAUUGGCAUUCCGUCUCCUGUCAUUGGGGCCCCCCUAAAUGGAUUUUCUGGAUCUGCCACUGGUUUAAUCUUUUAGUAUGUUCAAUCAGAAUGAACAGCAGACCUAGAUGUAAAACAAAAUUGAGGAGAGUGAUUAAUGUCUCCUUUUAAUGAUGAUUCACGUGAUAAGGUGAGCAGAAAAUUACUCUCCUUGAACUAGCAUCAGGAGAGUAAAUGGGAGCAAGAGUGAUAGCUCGCCUUAAAUGGCGAUUCGUUAUUAGUUUUUAAUGAACUAGUCCACGAUAUAUUGAAUAAACAGUAUGGAAAGUGG